UAUUGAUAAUUUCCUUCUAAUAAUUUUUCACAUAAAAAGAAGAUAAGAAGCCUCCCCCUCAAGAACACUAGAGAAAUCAAAGUGACAUACUUGCCAUGGAAAUCAUUGGUGCAGUGGUUAGCAUGAUGCAGUGUUUUUGUGGAGAGACCUGUUCUCGUCAAUCCAUUUCCGAAACAUGUACAUACCUGAGAAGGCCUCGUGCAUUAGCAAAUAGACUUGAUGAAAAGAUGGAAUUGCUUAAAGCUCGGGAGGAGGAUAUCAAAAGGAAGUUACAUGUGGAAAAUGUAUGGCGCGGGAUGGAGCCAAAGGCUGAGGUAAGUAUGUGGCUUACCAAUGUAAGAAAGAUUAGAAGUAGUAUUGCUACCAUGCAAGAGAAACUUACUGUAGACCAGAGGUGUUUAAACAGAUGUUUGCCAAAUUAUAUUUCUCGAUUUAAGCAGGGGAAACGCAUCAAUAAGAAAAUUAAAGAAGUUGACAGGCUCCUGGGGCAGAGCAUAUUUCCAGAUGCUUCGUUGGUUGAUACGAUGCCUCAGAGGGGAAAGAUAUUGCCAGUAUCCUCAUUAGUGGGAGAAUCUGCUCAAAGAAGUUUGGAGGCCGUAUGGGAGUAUUUGAAUGAUGGACACACUGGGAUAAUUGGUAUUUAUGGAAUGGGGGGAGUGGGUAAGACAUCCAUUCUCGUAGAAAUCAAUAAUCGACUUUUGAGAGAGAGCACAAUUUUUGAUAAUAUCAUUUGGGUUACAGCAUCCAACGAUUCAAAUGUCCAAAAAUUGCAAAAGGAUAUUGCCAGAGCAAUAGGCUUAUCUUUUCAGGAUUAUGAAGAUGGUGAAAUGACAAGAGCAGCUGAAUUACAUGAAGCGUUGAUGCGAAGAAGUAGAUUUCUUUUAAUUAUAGAUGAUUUGUGGGAAGCAUUUCCUUUGGAGGUUAUAGGAAUGCCAUCCCCAGGUUUCGGAGAUUACUGCAAGUUGAUAAUAACUACUAGAUCCAUGAUGGUUUGUCGUGGCAUGGAAACAGUGAGAGAGGUCGAAGUUAGUGUUCUUUCUGAGGAAGAAGCGUGGAACCUCUUUAAACAAAAGGUCGGUGAGGAGGUGCUAGCAUCUCCAACAUUACAAGUUGUUGCCAAGGAUGUGUCGAAGGAGUGUGGAGGUCUCCCGCUAGCUGUUAUAACAGUUGGUCGGGCUUUAAGAAGAGAAAAUGAUCUGAGGCAAUGGAAAAAUGCAUUAAGCCAGCUGAAAAGUGCAACCGGAAGAAUAGAAGGCAUGGAGAGUCGAGUCUUUGCACGUCUGAGAUUUAGUUAUGAAAGACUGAAGGAUAAUGUGACUCGUUCGUGUUUUCUUUAUUGCACAUUGUACCCAGAGGAUCAUCAUAUCGAUACCGAAGAACUGAUUAAGUACUGGACAUGGGAAGGCCUGUUGGAUAAUCUUGGGUACGGAGAAUCCAAGAUGUUGCAGGGAAAGAUGAUAUUAGAUGAACUGAAAAAUGCAUGCCUGCUAGAGAUUGGAUGUCAAGAACGUAGUUUGAAUGAUUAUGUCAAGAUGCAUGACCUCAUUAGGGAUAUGGCAAUAGCUGUUACAAGAGAGAGUCCGCUCUUUAUGAUCCGAGCAGGACAUGAGAUGCGUGUCCCACCAGUUGAGAGUGAAUGGCUCGUAGGCCUUGAAAGAAUCUCGUUAAUGAGAAAUGAUUUGAACUCUUUGAUUUUGGAACCGAGAUGUCCUCAGCUAACCACCUUGCUAUUGCAGUAUAAUUCAUUGUCCAAGGGCGUACAUCCUUCUUUCUUUAACCAUCUAAGAAGUCUCAAAGUUCUGGACUUAUCUUACACGGGCAUCUCUGAGUUGCCUGAUUCACUUUCUAAUCUGGAAAACCUCCAUGCUUUACUUCUACGUAGUUGUUGGAACUUGCAUCAUGUGCCAACAAUGGAAAGGCUGAAGGAGCUGAGGGUUUUAGAUCUCUCUUCUACAUCAAUUGAGUGUGCACCCCCCGGGAUGGAAAUGUUACUCAAUUUGAAGCAUCUGGAUCUCUCCUACACUACAGUUCAUGAAUUUGAUAUUCAAAUUUUAGGAACAUACAGAUUUCUGGAGAGUCUCUUAACUAUUGGUCUAUGGCAACCUCUAAUGCUCGGUCCAGAUUUUGUUAGUAUUGUGAAACGCUGCACCAUCUUGACAAAUCUUGAAGCCAAUUUCAGCACCUUGCAGGACUUCAAUUUUUAUGUCUCGUCAGAUCACUGGAACACACUCGAUAGUUUCAAAUUUUGCAUAGGCUAUCCCCAAUCCUUUAAACUACCCGGAAAAAAUAGCAUAGGAUUAUUUGGAAUUCACAUUGUUGAAACAGAAGCCUCUUCUUGGUUGCCAGGUAUACUUGAGUUGGUCAUUCAUGAAUGUUCUGGAAUCACUCACUUACCAAUGUUUAUUAUGAACGCUUCUUCAGACGUAAAACGUUGCAAAAUAAAGUACUGUGAUGAGAUGGAAUGGAUUAUAACUCCCGAGUGGGGCAUAUUUCCUAAUUUAGAGUUGCUAGAGAUCGAGGGCCUGAGCAGACUGCAGAAUAUAUGUAAGGAGAUUCCACCAGCAGGCACUCUUUCAAACCUUAAGGUGUUGAAUUUUAUUGCUUGUGAUAAUCUCUUGACUCUGCUGCCAAUUGAGUUAGUGCAGCAACUCAUAAACCUCGAAGAGCUUGAGUUGGAAAGCUGUUCGAUGCUGGAGGAGAUCAUAGUCACUGAAGCGGAAAAUGAAGAGACCAUUCAAGAGAACAACGGUGAAGUGGUCCUCCCAAGUUUGCAAAAAUUAAGAUUAGUUUCUAUACCAAGACUGAGAAGCAUAUGCAGAGGUCCAAUGAUUUGUGAUUCAUUAACGAUUAUUGAAGUCGUUGAUUGUCCAGAGCUGGAAAUACUUCCUUUCUUUUUGGAACUAAGGCAGAAACUAGUUGACUCUCUCAAACAGAUAAAAGGAAGCAGAAGUUGGUGGAGGACGUUAGAGCGGAAUCACCCUACCGCGACGUCCCUUCUUGCUCCAUUCCUUAGACCUGAAAGGGAGGAUUUUUCUGCUACUAAUGAAUAUAGUCACAGUGGCAGCUCUGGAAAUUCUUCUUUCGGGCCACGAUAACAUUCUUACUGAAUCCCAGUAAACGGAUAGUAACAGAAAGACUUAUCCCUUGUUUGGAUUACAGUUUUAUCGUUCCGACUUAUUUCCUAUUGCAGUGUGAUGGUCUCGAGUUUGGGCCUUUGGAAAAAGUUGAGUUUUUCUUUCUCAUAACAAUGCAUUUUCUCUGUCAUUUAGUUAUAGAGCAGUACUACCUAUAUUGUUCAGACUCUUCAAAAAUGUUGAUGGGGAAAUUCUCCAAAAGUAGUGCAUUUUUGGAAUCCAACAUGGAUGCGACAACAAUUUUGGAAAGUCCUAGCAACAUAGAGUAGUGGGUACUAUAGCCUAUAUUUUAUUGAACUGUACUGUCUUAUUUAACAGUUCAUGAUUGAGACAUAGUAGUUGUUCUUUGUGUAGUUCUCUUUUUUAAGGGGCUUAAAUUACGGAUUCUCAUAUUGGAGCCAACUAUUUUUUCCUUUUUAUUUGGGUGGAAGUGGAGGCCGGGCUCUAUAGUUGGUUGUGACUUGUGAGUCAUGUAUUGAAAAUCCUGUAUCCUGUUUGUCUUUGCUGUAUAGUGGCUUCUUCGCAGAUAAGAACAUGAAGUAUAACCAAGUUCGAGUGUUGAAGUGCUAAAAAAUAUCUAGCCCAUGAAAGUAUCAGCAAAGAUUCUAGCUGGGGAAUGCUAUAUAGAACUGUCGCAUGAAAUCACUAUAGAAGUUUGGCAUAUUAAAAAACAAAUAAAAGAGAUGUGAGGUUCCACAUGAUGUCUCAAACAUUAGAAAAGUGUUCCAUGUAAACAGGAUUAACGUGCUAAUGAAGCUCCGUUAUUGCUUGAACAUCCUGAAAUGUUCUUUUGUAUCCCAUUGAAAUAGAAUAUAUAUAGUAUGAAAACGGAGGGGAUUAGUGAGUUUUUUUCUUUUUAACUUACACAAAACCAUAAUUUAUUCAUUGUAUGCACAGUUCUUCCUGAUGAAUCAGUCCAAAUUAACAGAGUUUAUUAUCAUGUAUAAACAAUGAUCAUUUCAGGUGAAAAAUCAGUAAGAAUACCUUUUCUCUAAGUCUACACCUUCUUCAGUUGCCCGUGUGUUGAUGUGGUUCUUGACACGAUCAGCUCCAAAUUGGUUUGGCUCCAGCGGAAUGCUAGCAGUCUUGAUUGAGUCCUCACCAUGAAAAUUGAAACAGGCUUAGAGUUUGCACAUCGGGUAUGUCCCCUCCUGGGGCACUCACCUUCUGUGCUGUUGGUCGUGCAGCUGAGAAAUCUGUGGAUAUGAUUGUAAUGUUGUACAUACUUAACGAGGGAUGAGCUUCACUCAUCGCUAUACCUCUGGCUCGAGAAACCACUUCUAGACCUUCAUCAGGUUUCACUGGAACUUGCUCUGGUUGAGCCCGUCCUGCACCAGUUGCCCCUGAAGUUAGAGCAUUAAUAUCCCAGCUCAUGCCUGAUGGUGUCCCAAGCCUUACUAGUCGGGUGAGCAGCAGCCUAUAGAUAAAAAGGAGCAAGCAGAUUCAUCAAGUUUAAUCCUGCACCAGUGAAUGAAUGACAAUGUUGUCCUCGACACCAACGUGAGGAUGAGCACCAUCAUGCUAAUCAUGAGCAACAUAUGUAAUCGUCGUGAUCCUAUAAUAGGUUCACAAUGUUAUAGCUCAAGGAUUGAAUUUUGCAGCACGUUCAAUGGAUUCGAGAGCUAUUGUAGAAGUUGCAACAUAGUAACAAUUAUAUUGAUUGUAGUACAGUUUUCUUCUUGGCCUUGCACAUUUGCAAAACAGAGAUUCUAACAUUAGUUCAAGGUGCUGUUGAGCUUUAUAUAUCUUUUAGACACAGCUUUUUUAUAUGUCAUGCCCAUCUAUAUGUAAAUCAACUUACUUUUAUGUACUAAAAUGUGAAGUUAAUACUUCAUCUCAAGUGUUUCUUAAUGGAUGAAACUUUGGAAUUUAAGGGAAUAAAUAAUUUUUAUUA